UCCAGCUUCACAUCGCGGAAUCUCUCAGGUGUUUUGACGAAGUGUCAUGGAGGCUGUUAGCCGCCACCACUGCUGACGGUUUUGUUACUGUCUAAAUCCUGAUUUUAAUCACUCAGUCUCACUGUCAGCUCCUCUAGUGUAAAGGCGGACAGCCUGCAAAGUAAAAUCAUGGAGUCCAUGCUCAAUAAAUUAAAGAGCACCGUCACUAAGGUGACGGCCGACAUGACCAGCGCCAUCAUGGGCAACCCUGUCACGCGGGAGUUUGAGGUGGGCCGACAUAUCGCCAGCGGGGGUCCAGGAAUGAGCUGGAGGAUCUACAAUGGCACCAAAAAAUCCACCAAGCAGGAAGUGGCGGUUUUUGUGUUCGAUAAGAAGAUCAUUGAUCGCUAUCAGAAGUUUGAGAAGGAUCAGAUUAUUGAUUCACUGAAGAAAGGAGUUCAACAGCUGACCCGGUUACGACAUCCACGCCUCCUCACGGUUCAGCAUCCGCUGGAGGAGUCCAGAGACUGUCUGGCGUUCUGCACAGAGCCCGUGUUCGCCAGUCUAGCGAACGUGCUCGGCCAGUGGGACAACCUCCCUAGUCCUGUUCCCACAGACAUCAAAGAAUACAAACUCUAUGAUGUAGAGACAAAAUACGGCUUAAUGCAGGUCUCAGAGGGUUUGUCAUUCCUCCACAGUGGGGUUAAGAUGGUUCAUCGUAACUUGUGUCCUGAGAACAUCAUCUUGAAUAAGAGCGGAGCCUGGAAGAUCAUGGGCUUUGACUUCAGUAUCUCCUCUAGUAACUCGUCUGACGCUGAGCCCAAGUAUGUGUGUAAAGAGUGGGACCCCAAUCUACCGCCUCUCUGCCUCCCGAAUCCAGAAUAUGUUGCUCCUGAGUACAUCCUGUCCGUCAGCUGUGACGUGUCCUCUGACAUGUACUCACUGGGCGUGCUGAUCCAUGCUGUGUUUAAUGAAGGCAAGCCCGUCUUUCAGGUCAACAAGCAGGACAUAUUCAAGAGCUUCAGCCGACAACUGGACCAGCUGAGCCAUCUGAGUCCAGGAGUGUUGAGUCAGAUCCCAGAGGAGGUACGGGAACAUGUGAAGAUGUUGCUCAGUGUCACUUCCAACGUACGUCCGGACGCAGAUCAGAUGACAAAGAUUCCCUUUUUUGAUGAUGUCGGAGCGAUGACUCUUCAGUACUUUGACUCGCUUUUCCAGCGGGACAACUUGCAGAAGUCUCAGUUUUACAAAGGCCUCCCAAAAGUUCUGCCCAAGUUGCCCAAGAGAGUGGUGAUAUACAGAAUCCUCCCGGCGCUCACGUCUGAGUUUGUGAAUCCUGACAUGGUUCCAUUCGUCCUUCCAAAUGUGCUGCUCAUCGCUGAGGAAUGCACUAAAGAAGAAUAUGUCCGCCUUGUUCUCCCAGACCUCACCCCAGUUUUUAAACAGCAGGAACCCGUACAGGCCAGCAACAUGAUUCUGCUGAUAUUUCUACAAAAGAUGGACCUGCUUUUGACCAAAACUCCUCCUGAAGACAUCAAGAACAGUGUUCUGCCUAUGGUGUACAGAGCGGUGGAGGCCCCCUCUAUUCAAAUACAGGAACUUUGUCUGAAUAUCAUUCCCACGUUUGCCAAUCUGAUUGAGUAUCCAUCUAUGAAAAACGCACUUAUCCCUCGUAUCAAGUCUGCCUGUUUACAGACAUCCUCGCUAGCGGUGAGGGUGAACUCUUUGGUGUGCCUAGGCAAGAUUCUGGAAUACCUGGAUAAAUGGUUCGUCAUUGAUGAAAUUUUACCAUUCCUGCAACAAAUUCCAUCCAGGGAACCAGCAGUGCUCAUGGGCAUUCUGGGCAUCUACAAGUGCACUUUCACCCAUAAGAAACUGGGCAUCCCAAAAGAGCACCUGGCUGGAAAGAGUUUACCUCAUCUGGUGUCACUUAGUAUUGAUAACAACCUGAACCUCAACCAGUUUAACUCUUUCAUGGCUGUGAUCAAGGACAUGUUGAGUCGCAUGGAAGUGGAGCAUAAGACUAAAUUAGAGCAGCUGCACAUCAUGCAGGAGCAGCAGAGGAGUUUAAACAUUACAAAUCAGAUGAACCCAUCAGAGGAGACUAAAAACACACCCAGCCCAGCCACAAAAGUCAGAGAUAUUGAUGAGAUCUUUGGUGGCAGUUCAGGAAGUGCAGGUGUGAAUGGUAACCAGAAUGGUUCCUCAUCAACUGUUUCACAACUUUCACGAGUAUCUCUCACCCUGGAAGAAAAGCAGCGUUUGGCUAAAGAACAGGAGCAGGCUGCCAAACUAAGAAGCCAGCAGCCACUGGCUCCACAGAGCGUCAAAUCAGCCACAACAACACCUCAGGCAAAGGAUCUGACCAGCAGUCUUCUGAACAACAUGACAUCCCUGAACAACCUCUCUUUAACCUCUGGGACCAGGACGAUGCCCAUGCAGGGUGGCACCAUUUCCUCUACCUUCCCAGCAGCACCCACCAUGGGUGGAAUGGGCACCAUGGGCGUCAGCAACGGCUUCAAUUCACCAAUGGGAUUCCAGACGGGAAGUAUGGGGAUGGGCAUGAGACCCGCCACUCCUGGCCUCUAUGGAGGGAUGGCCACCACAACCAGCGCUCCAAAUUUCAGUGCCCUCACCCAAAACCAAAACCAAUCCGGCAAACCCCCAGACAUGUCCGCCCUAGACUCCCUCUUCUCUUCUAGUAAACCCAAAGUCAGCCUGAACCAAAUGGCCCCUAAACCAGCCCAAGGAACCACUGCACCUGCUCCGUGGCUCAGUCAGUUUGGUACAGGCCAACCUUCCCAGACUGCACCCAUACAGGCCACUCCGAUGGCCAUGCCCGGAGUUCAAGGUGGUUUUGGAAUGCAAGCAAACCCAUUCUUCAACCCUCAGAACUUCUCGCAACCUGUGGCCUCUUCCACUAUGAACACUGGGACGAUGAAGCAAAGUGCAUCAGUCAACAACGAUUUUAAGGACCUCUUCGGAUAAAACAUAUGCCUUUCAUUCACGUUCCCACUUAUGUGGGAAUCGAAAGCGAAACAACAUCAGCAGCAAAGACGUUGGAGGGUUGGACAUGGUAUCCUUGAAAGAAGAUUUUCUGUUUUUUUUUGGCUCUUUAGCACCUUAUGUGGACAGUCAACUUAUCACCUGUGAAUCAAAAGCAGACAGCACCAAACAAACUGUCACAUUUCUACUUGAAAUCUUGGGCUCUUCUACCGAGAGCUGCUUCAGUUGGUGUAUGCCUUGCAUUUGAUGCAUCAUUUGGCUUAAAACGUGCCCCAAAGAAAGAUUCACAUACAAAAGUGUUAACAAAUUGGGCAUAACAAAUUCAAGCAUUUUUGGUUUCAUUUCCUUUUUGCUUGAGCCUCACAUUCACUGCUCGCCUGAAUGAGCCGAUUUCCUCUACCAGAACUAACGUCAUCGAUGGCCUCAGGAAUUGCUGAUGUUGUUUCGCAAAAGGAAGUCUCUCAGUUGCGUUCUCCCUUGUCUGAGAUACAACGAUCAUACGAUAAAUAAAAAAUAAGUACAGUGCAUAGUUGGUUCCUGAAUGAGUCUUUUUAUAAUGUGUUAUUUGUGUAUAUACUGUAUCUGGUGAUUUAUUGUUUGAGUUUUAUACUGAUAAAUGAUCCACUGAGGUGACGUUUAUUAAAGGAAGUACACUGUCUUCAUACUGUAGGUGCACUAAAUGUAAUAGAGCUAAAAAGAAAAACCUGUAGGGUUUGAGAUAUUGUCAGUACUUUUAAAGUGAGUUUGUGCUUCACUGUAAUGGCUUCUGUAAGACAGAAUCCAUGAGCCUCAUUCAUGAAACACUAGUAGAAUUAAUUUCUGUAAAUCUUCUUGGGCGAAUCCCAUUAAAAAAGGGGUCAUAUUUCAUCCCAAAAUCUGAAGACAAAAUUACAGGAAAACAAUAUUACUGUAAUAAUAAUAAUAAAAAAAAAAUGUAAAGGACUUUUUUUUUUUUUUUUUUGUAUGUCAUCAUAUUAAACUCAGUACAUUACCGACAACUUACAACAAUUCUUUAUAUUUACUUUAUAAUUUUCAUUGUAUUUUAUGGUAAUGAGAUGCUUUUUUGCAAGUGCAUUUAUUACACUAAUUUUUUCACAUUGCAGUAAUGAAAAUAAUACUUUUUGCAUUAUGGUAAUGAGAAUGUUUUUUUUACAUAUUACGGAAAUUAGGAGAUUUGUUUUGUUUGUUUGUUUUAUGGUAAUGAGAAUGAGUUUUUUUUUUUUUUUUUUUUUUUUUUUUUUUUGCAUUACAUAAUGAGAAUUGGUGGAAAAUGUGCUCAAUUGUCAGCAAAUGUCUCAAUGUAAAAGGUUAGAAAUAGGCUUCUUUAUUCAAAAAGUAUUAUUUGCGCAUUUUGGGAUAAAAUAUGCAUUCCUAUAGUUAUUGGGAAAAUCACAUAUAUAUAUAUAUAUGGUAAAUUGUAGCAUUAAAUUGAGUGCAACAACUUGUAUGCUACUAAGCUGUAACAUAGAAAUGCGUGUUUCAUGAAUGAAGCCCGGUGCGUUUGUUUCUUUUUCAGUUCUCUGCUGUUACUUCCUGCCCUGUGUUAAAUCAUCUGUGUUAUUCUGUAAUAUUGUGUUUCUUGGGGAUGUUACAUUUGGCUACAGUUUUGUUUGUCUGUUAUCAUUAUAUGGGCAGUUUCCUGUUGAAUUCCAUAUCAUGUUAUUCCAUAUCAUGACCAAACCAACCGCUGCAGCACAGCAAAUCACCAAAAUGUGUAUUAUUUCUGGAAAAAAACGUGAAUGAAGUGUACAGUAUAUAGAGGUGAACUUUUUUUUUUUUUUUUUUUUUUUAAAUACUGUUGAAUCACUUUCCUGAGGAGAAUGUUUAAAAUCCAGACAGGUUUUAUUUAAAGGGAAUACUUUUCCUGGUCUUAUGAAUGAGAGGCCUUAUGUUGAGAGUUGUGCAAUAGCAGGUCUGUGAUGGAGAUUGUGAAAAUAACUUUCUGUAUGAGUGUUUCACUACAUGCAGUUUUCAAAUAGUCUAAAUUAAUGUAGAUAAAACAUCUGGAUUGUUUUAAUUUAAAAAUGUGAACUGGAUUGUUGGAAAGAUGGUGAUUUUUUUGGAAUCAAAUAAAUUGAUUAUUUAAAGGGUAA